CCGACACCUCGAUGGUGCACAGCGUAAGUAUUGAUAUUGCAGUAGCGCCUUGACAACCGACAUUCGAAAAACAUGGACUUACCCAAACUUCCAGACUACAAGAACGAAGCCGAACUAGGCCUCGCCAUCAAGGAGUCCGGCGUACCGAGGUCCGAAUUGUUCGUCACGACCAAAGCCAUCGACCACCAAAACAUCCAAGGCUCGCUGCAGGACAGCCUCCAGAAGCUGGGCCUGGAAUACAUCGACCUGUAUCUUAUUCACGAGCCGUUCUCCGCGCGCGGCAGCGCAGAGGCGCUCCAGGCGGCCUGGCGCGGCAUGGAGGCGUGUGUCGACAAGGGGCUCGCCCGGGACAUUGGGGUGUCGAACUUCCAGGUCCCGCACCUCGAGACGGUCCUGGAGACAUCCAGGAUCAGGCCUGCCGUCAACCAGGUCGAGCUGCACCCGUACCUGCCGCGCGCGGGGCUUGUGGAUUUCUGCCGACGCAACGGCAUCACGGUCGAGGCGUUCGGACCGCUGACGCCCCUGACACGGGUGAGUCCGGGCCCAGUUGAUGAUGUUGUCGGGCGGUUGGCGGAGAAGCACAGGGUCGGCACGAGCGCCGUGCUCUUGAGGUGGCUCGUGGAAAGGGGUGUUGUGGUCGUCACGACGAGCGGUAAGAGGGAGAGGCUGCAGGAGUAUUUGACGCAAGUUCCAACGCUGCGGCUGAGCCAGAAAGAGGUCGAGGAAAUAAGUACGGCCGGUGAGGGGAAGAGGUUCAGGCAGUUUCUUGCGGACGCGUAUGGACAGGACAACUGGGAAUGAUCGGUGGCAGUGGAGCUGAGGUAUAGCUAGAUCGAAGCAUCUAUUUUGACUCUUACAACCAACAUGAAACACAUAGUUCUCUGGGCCACAAUAAUAUAUACCGCAAAUAUCUCAG